UGUUGACGAACUGUUACAGUUAUUGGUAAAUUGAUGUUUUUAACGACAGUAUUUACUUUGUGAACUGUGAUAUAGGAAGAACACAAGUCGCAUUGCAGUAUUGAGCCAUUUAACAGCACAGAUUUGUUACCUUUAUCAGCUUAUAAAGAAUGUCGGUGUGGGAGCGACUGGGCAGUCCCAGGUAUGUUGUUGCACCGAUGGUGGACGCCAGCGAGCUUGCCUGGCGCAUGUUGUGUCGCCGCCACGGAGCCCAGCUCUGUUACACCCCUAUGUUACACAGCUCUGUGUUUGUGAAGCACCCUCGCUACCGCGAGGUCAGCUUGGCCUCAUGUCCUGAGGACAGGCCUCUUAUCAUCCAGUUCUGUGGCAACGAUCCGGCUGUGAUGCUGGAGGCGGCAAAGCUCGCUGAGGCCCACUGCGAUGCCAUCGACAUCAACCUGGGCUGUCCUCAGGCCAUCGCCAAGCGAGGACGCUACGGCGCCUUCCUGCAAGACGACUGGGAGCUGCUCUCCAAGAUUGUGCAAACGUUGUCGCAGGGAGUCAGCGUGCCAAUUACGUGCAAGGUGAGGGUGUUUGACAGUGUGGAGAAAUCGGUCCUGUACGCCCAGAUGCUGGAGACAGCGGGUUGCAAGAUGCUCACGGUCCAUGGCCGUACCAGGGAACAGAAGGGGCCUCUCACUGGACUGGCCAGCUGGGCCCACAUUAAGGCUGUCAGGGAUAACGUGAGGAUCCCAGUUAUAGCCAAUGGUAAUAUCCAGUGCUUGGCGGAUGUGGAAAGAUGUCUACUGGAGGUGGGAUGUGAGGCUGUGAUGACUGCGGAAGGUAACCUCCACAACCCCUGCCUGUUUGAGGGCUGCAGUCCCCCAGUCUACGAGGUGGCGCAGGAGUACCUGGAACUGGUUGAAAGUUACCCCUGCCCCACAUCCUAUGUGCGCGGACAUCUUUUCAAACUCUUCCAUGAAUGCCUAAGUUUACCUUCCAAUUCGGACCUAAGAAACCAGUUGGCAAAGGGACCGAGUAUAAGUGAUUUCAAAGCAGUUGUCGAGAGACUGAGAGCCAUCUACGAGCCAAUCCACGAAGGGAGACAGCUCUGGACACACGAGUAUACUAGCUACGACAUGGAACUACCUCCCUGGAUAUGUAAGCCUAGAGUGAGGAUGGCACCAGAGGAACAUAUCAAAAAGAUGGAGGCUGUUGUGUCCGCAGAAGCAGCUCCAGUGGACGAAAAGGAGAACAACAUGACUACUGCAGUGAAGAGGGCUAAACGGGAAAGCAGUUCAGAAGCAAAUAUGUCAAAGAAGAAAUUGAAAAAACUACAAAAGCGCCAGUCAGAAAACCCUCACUGCAGGAAAGUGUUCGAGAAAUGUUGCCAGUGCCCAAAUCCUGUGGGACUGAAAUGCGAGUUCAGCAUGUGUAAGGCGUGCUGCAAAACCAAGUGCUACCUGGAAAACUGGGACUGUCCCGGCCACCGUAUACUGACACGUACGCGCAGAGAACGUGCCAGGACUCGUGCAGCUCCGCAGAAUCCUGACCCUCAGUCACAGCUGAUCUGCAGAUGAGAUCACAUAGCCUACCUGACGUGACCACAACGCACCUUAUUGUUCGUACUGAGGACUACUGAAUAUGUACAAGUUCAAUUUGUUUUAAGUUUAGCUUAAAAUUUGUAUUUUUAUUUACUCUUGUAAAGUUCUGAAUAUUUUAAUGACCUCAAUUGUAUAUAGCUAUUCAACUUGUUUAUAUUGCUAUCUUUAUAAUGGCCGAACAUAUUUUAUUGAUAUAUUUUUUAUCCAGAUUUUUGCUUGGGUAAAAUAAUAAACACAAAAUAGCUAUGACAAAAUAAAUACUGACAUUAUUUGUCAAUUAACUUUUUCAAGGUUAAUACUAAAAGUUGUUAUUGAUUAUAUAUUAAUAAAACAUAAUAAUUUAUGUUUUCAUUAAGAUUAGUUUGUUGCAUGUACCGUGUGUAUUUAUUUGUCUUACAAUAAAAUUUGUUAUUAUAGAUUGAAUUUGUUACAUUUUGAAAACUUGAAUUGACAUUGUUUGUCUUGCUAGUUCUUUUUAAUAAUUAUAUGUUAUUUAUAUACUUUUUGUAAGAUUUGUAUUCGAUUAAAAGGCAAAACAAUGUAACAAUUAUUCAAAUUAGAUUCAUUUUUCUUUCAGGUAUAGAAAUGUUUUGUUUAAUUUUCUCCUUUAUUGCUAUAUUUUGGUUAUAAUGUGUGUUUGCAAGUGUAAGUGUGUAUGUGUUGUGUAGUUAAUGGGCUUAUAUGCAAAUCAUUAUGAUCAGUGAGAAAAUAAUUAGCAUUAAAUGUAGCCUCGUAUUAAAAAAUGCAAAUUAUUAAAAGAUUUUAAUUUUGUUUGUUGAAUAUGGUAACUAAAAGAAGUAAAUUAAUUAUAGUUGUGUAGUUAAAUAUGAGUGUAAUGGUACUACAAUACUGUAUUGUUGGGGUGCAUUGUAACAGUCUAUUUUAAUAGAACAGAUUGCAUUAUAAAAUACUUGUUCCAUAAUAUUAUUUGUUGAUUAUAUGUAAAUAACCGUACAUAAAAAUGGUUUGAUGAUUACAUUAUUUAUUUUGUAUAUCGAGCAAAAGACAUUUUAUCAUCCUUAAAAUAGUAAUGUAUUUUUGUAGAAUUUAGUGAAGAUUUGUAUAUUGUUUUUAUUGAAUUGUGAUAAGACAUUUUAUGUUUGUAAGAUAUUUAUAAGGUGUUUGUAAAUAAAAAUAAUAAACUUAGUGUCAUAAAAAGGU